UCCUGGACCGACCUCGGCCUCCCGAAGAACCUCGUCGCCGCGCUUCAGCGCGUCGGGUUCGACGAACCGUCCGCGCCGCAAGUCGCCGCGAUACCGCGGCUGAUGCGAGGCGAGAACGUCGCGCUGCAGGCGCACACCGGGUCGGGAAAGACGAUGGCGUACCUCCUCCCCGCGCUCACGGCGGCGGCGGCGGAAGAAGAGCUCCCGGCGAAGGAGCGGAGCGAGGCUGUCCAGCUGCUCGUCGUCGUCCCGUCCCAGGAGCUCGCGAUGCAGAUCGUCCGGCAGAUAGAGAGACUGUUGGGGGACUACGGCAGAGCCAUAACGCAGCAGUGCAUCGGCGGCGCGAACGUGCGAAGGCAAGAGGAGGCGAUUCGCGCGAAGAAACCUUUGAUCGUGGUCGGAACCCCCGGAAGGCUCGCGGAGCUGUCGCGGACGGGGAUCCUGCGCACGCACGGCGUGAAGUGCCUCGUCAUCGACGAAGCGGACGACCUCCUCGCGUCCAACUUCCGAAGAGACAUGGCGCGCAUAACCGACCACACCGGUAAGGGCGUCUUGGGCGGCAGGCAAACCGUCAUCGUCAGCGCGACGCUGCGACGCGAGACGCUGGACCAGUACGGGUACAUGGCCCCGGACCUCGUGCACGUCGUCGCGGGGCGGGCCGCGGUCGCGAGGGAAGAUUCCGUCGCCGCGGUCGCGGCGGCGAAGAACUCGAACUCGGACUCGAACUCGAACUCGAACUCGAACUCGAGAGAGGCAACGGACGACGAGGUGGAGACGACGAACGCGUCGCUGCCGCCGCAGUUGGAGCAUUACUCCGUCGUCGCGGAGCGCGGGAAGAAGGUCGACCGGCUGCGCCGCGCGAUCCACGCGACGGGCGCGGAGCGCGCGCUCGUGUUCUUGAACUUCGGGCACCGGCUCUCGGAGACGAGGGAUAAGCUCGCGACGCGAGGGAUGGAGUGUGGGGUGUUACACGGCGGCAUGAACAAGCUCGAACGCGCGGCGGAGCUCGCGGCGUUUCGCCGAGGCGAUUUCCGCGCGCUCCUCGUCUCCGACCUCGCCGCGCGGGGCAUCGACGUCCCGGAGAUCGACGCGGUGUUCAACCUCGAGCUCCCGACGGACGCGACGCAUUACGUCCACAGAGCGGGAAGAACCGGAAGGAUGGGCGCGAGCGGGAUCGUCGUCUCCAUCGCGGAAGAGAGAGAGGCGUUCGUGUUGCCGAAGCUCGCGCGGUCGCUCGGCGUCGAAAUUCUCGCCGCCGACCUUCAGAAGGGAAGGGUCGUG